AUGGACACCUCCUCACAAAAUGAAUCUCAACGUCAAGAUAUUGUAUCCCCAGGCUAUUUGAUGGCCAGUCCGGUUGAAGACAGAGGAAGCAUUGAAAGCACUGGUUGUGGGAUGGCUACUGCAGCUAUCCCGGAUCAUCAAGUCAUGACAAAUGAUAAAGUCAAGCCUGUGAGUACACAAAACAAGUUUCAAACCAACUUUACUUCAGUCAUCCCAGUCAACCUAGUCAGCCCAGAUUCUGGGUGCAACACCAACAAUGACACUCCUUUCUCUGGAAAAGAGAAAUUUGAAGCAGCUUACUACAGCUCUGAGAUGUUCAACUUCUUCGAGAUAAAACUUUAUCGAAAUGAUCUACUCAGCACUAUAGAUGCUCCAGCUUCAGCUGAUUCAUUUGUUUUAUUCUCACUUCUGCCCAUCGAAUCACAACGAAAGAUUUGGUUCCACGUUUUGCCCCCACCAGAUAGCAACGUUUGGGCUCUGUGCCAAGUAAGAUAUUGGGACAAUUGUUCCAAGGCGGCGGUUUCUAUCGAGAAUGAUCUUUCGUCAAUUAGUCUCACUGCGUUUACAUUCCUAUAUGCUCUACAAUAUGUAUGCCGUACGGCAAGAGAGAUAUUCUUGAAGCACUAUAGUCACUUCAAAUUUGAUGGUAUCAAUAAGAAAAUCCGUGAUCCCGAGGAUGAAGAUGACGAUAAUUACCGAAAGCCGACAGUGAUAGCAAAAUCUGGUGGUAUAUGGUUCGAUAUGGAGGUGGAUACCUUAAAUCUCUCAAACAUAUAUAUGCUUUCAAAGCAUACGAAUGUUGACGGCUUUUCUUUGAUCUUAACAGCGCUGAGAUCUUUGACUAUAGAUAUGAUCGAUAUAAUCGAUAUGCCUUGGCUGAGUGUAGCCGAACGACAUAUGGACAUAUUCUGGACAGGAUUAGAAAGUCAAUGCCCUGCACUCGAACGACUCAAUAUUGUACUCAAUAAUAUCCGUAGAUUCCCGCGUCUUCAGCAUUUGACGGAACUUCCCCCGAACAUCGAUUUCAGGAUUUUAACGAAGUGUAUAUUUCUUGGAGUGGCUCGGCCAUAUCAUGGACUUAUUAUGAAUCCUCACAAUAUUGAACAAUUGCGAAACGGUCAGUGGGUUAACCCACGGAUCCAUUCGGAUAAGAUUGAGGGGGAUAUCCAGAUGAGUCGCGAGUUGUGGGAAACUCACAGUUCGAAGGUAGAGCAGGCGAACAUGGAUUAUUGGAAAAAGAUUGAUCUUAGGCCAGUAUGGAUGGUUUAUAUUACUUCAUUUUAUGCCGAUCAUGUUAGGAGGGGGGUAAUUCCGGGACCCUUUAUGGCGGUUCAAACGAGUGGGAACCCAACGCUUUUUGUAAGAUGUAAUGAGGAUGGAUCAUUGCUCGGUGAAUAUGACUACUUCAAGCAGCUUUUUGAUGAAGAAGACGAGAAUAUUAUGGAACCCCUCGAGGAGGAACCCUUCGAGGAGGAACGCCUCAUUGUUAUUGGCGACGACUAA